AUGACUAGCACAGCCGACCACAAGCAGCCCAUUUCGUUGAAGGUUAACGGGGCUCUAUUCGACGUCGACGGGACCAUCAUCAUCUCGCAGCCCGCGCUAGCGGCCUUCUGGAGGGAGUUUGGCAAGGACAAGCCGUACUUCGAUGCGGAGCAUGUCAUCAGUGCCACCCACGGCUGGAGAACCUACGACGCCAUCGCUACCUUCGCGCCAGACUAUCUGAGUGAGGAGUACGUGACGAGACUGGAGGGCGAAAUCCCAGACAAGUACGGCAAGUUCUCCGUGGAGGUUCCCGGCGCUGUGACGCUCUGCAAUGCCUUGAACGAGCUUCCGAAGGAGAAGUGGGCCGUUGGUACUUCCGGCACCUUCGAGAUGGCACACAAGUGGUUCGAUGUCCUCGGCAUCAAGCGUCCUAGCACCUUCAUUACCGCCAACGACGUGAAGCAGGGCAAGCCCCACCCAGAGCCUUACAUCAAGGGCCGUAACGCGUUGGGCUUCCCAAUCAACGAGCAGAACCCUAAGGGCUCCAAGGUGAUUGUCUUCGAGGAUGCCCCAGCUGGUAUUGCCGCUGGUAAGGCUGCCGGCUGUAAGAUCGUGGGUGUCGCCACCACCUUCGACGUUGAGUACUUGAAGGAGAGAGGGUGCGACAUCAUUGUCAAGGACCACCGCAGCAUCAGAGUCGGCGGUUACAAUCCCGAGACUGACGAGGUGGAGUUUGUGUUUGACGACUAUCUGUACGCCAAGGACGACUUGCUAGACUGGUGA